CAUUCAUAGGGCACGCUGUGGUGUGAGCAUUGCAUUCAUAGGGCACGCUGUGGUGUGAGCAUUGCAUUCAUAGCUUUACUCUAGGUCUAGGCGUGCACAGCCAACCCUCCCCUUCUACACAAUGUCCAAUCACAUUUAGGUAAUACCUCCCAAUCACAGGGCACCUCUCAGUACUCAUCUAGGAAGUAGCUGCAGAGACUACACAGAACACAUAUAUGACAGGACCAAUGCAGCAUGAGACCCCCAAAUGACUACAUCCCUGGGCUCCUGUGUCUUCUGUUUGUAUGGUCUCAUGUCACCUAUGUGCUGGCUACCCGAAGACAACAGAAGUUUGUUACAGAUUCUGUGACCAAUAAGAAUGUCCUGUUUGUUAUUGUCGAUGACCUCCGGACAAGCCUUGGCUGUUAUGGUGACAAUAUUGUUAAGUCUCCAAACAUUGAUCAGCUGGCAUCUAUGAGUGUCCGUUUUACAAAUGCAUAUGCCCAGCAAGCGGUAUGUGCGCCCAGCAGAGUGUCUUUCCUAACAGGAAGAAGACCUGAUACCACCAGACUGUUUGACUUUAACUCUUACUGGAGGGAGCAUGCUGGAAACUACUCUACUCUGCCUCAGUAUUUUAAAGAACAUGGUUAUGUGACUAUGUCAGUUGGGAAGGUUUUCCACCCAGGAAUUUCAUCUAAUCGCAGCGAUGACUAUCCAUACAGUUGGUCUGUUAAGCCUUACCACCCAUCUUCAGAGAAGUACGAAAAUAAAAAGACCUGCAAAGGCAAGGAUGGACAGCUUCACGCCAAUUUGGUUUGUCCAGUAGAUGUGUCUGAAGUCCCAGAAGGAACCUUACCAGAUAUACAAAGCACGGAGGAAGCCAUACGACUCUUAAAAAAAAUACAGCAGAACUCUUCAUUUUUCCUAGCAGUUGGAUAUCAUAAGCCUCAUAUUCCAUUCAGAUUUCCACAGGAGUUUUUAAAGCUAUACCCCAUUGAAAACAUUUCCUUGGCACCGGAUCCUGACAUACCCAGGAAUCUUCCAGCUGUUGCCUAUAACCCUUGGGCAGACAUUCGUAAAAGAGAGGACGUUCAGGCAUUGAACAUCAGUUUUCCAUAUGGCCCCAUUCCUCCACACUUCCAGCGUUUAAUUCGUCAGAGUUAUUAUGCCUCGGUCUCUUACUUGGACAGUCAAGUUGGCCAGUUGUUAAAUGCCGUGGAAAAUCUAGGACUGGCAAAUAACACCAUUAUUAUUUUUGCCUCAGAUCAUGGAUGGUCUUUAGGAGAGCAUGGAGAAUGGGCCAAGUAUAGCAAUUUUGAUGUAGCAACACGUGUGCCAUUAAUAUUUUAUGUACCAGGAAUGACUACCUCAAGACAGACACAGCAGAACAUCUUUACAUACAGAGAUCCCUUUAAUAUUAAAACCAUUAAAAAUACGCCAGGUAAACUAAAGGAAGAUCCUGUUGAAUUAGUUUCUCUGUAUUCAACCAUUGUUGAGCUUGCUGGACUUCCUCUUCUCCCAGCCUGCCCUGUACCUUCCUUUCAUGUUGAUUUAUGUACUGAAGGUCAAAGUCUUCUUCCACACUUCGCUUUUGGAAAGAAUCUUCCUGAAACUGUUGCAUACAGCUCUUAUCCCCGACCUUCAGAUACUCCCCAGUGGAAUUCUGAUUUACCUGAUCUGGAAGACAUUAGAAUUAUGGGAUACUCAAUGAGAACAAGGGACUACAGGCUCACCCUAUGGGUUGGAUACAACCCUGUAACUUUUCAGGCCAAUGUUACAGACCUUCAUGCACAAGAGUUGUAUCUAGUCAAAAGUGACCCGAAUCAGGACAACAACUUGUUCAAUGAAAGCUUACAUUAUGAUUUUAUUCAGAAGCUUUUUGGACACAUGCUGAAGUGGACAAUUUUUACUUGAAAAUAAUUCAGCUUUUGUAUGAAUAUUUUGCAGAAGAUUUAAAAUUGUAAAUUAUUUUAUAUAUCAUUGUCAUAAUUUACAUGUUAUAUUUUUAUAUAUUAUAAAA